AUGGCGCCUCGCACCGAGUUCAGCUCCGAGCAGGUCCGGGGCAAAGCUCGCAAGGACCUGCUGUACCUGCUGGAGGGUGUACGCGGCAAGAAGAACCUCGUCUUUGAUCGCACCCUGGUCGGGCCCAUCGGCACCGUUGUCAAGGUCGCGACCCUUCAGGAGUACGGCGUCGACAAAUUCUUCAUCCUCGAAAACGACAACGUCGACUCGAGUCAGCACAACGUCGUCUUCGUCGCAAGAGGCGAAUGCGGCCAGCACAUCGAGGCCAUAGCAGCCCAGAUCAAGCGAGUGCAACGCGAAAGCCAGACCACCCAUGACUUCCACAUCUUCUGGGUCCCCCGCCGGACCUUGGUUACGGAUCAGCUGCUCGAGGAAGCCGGCGUGCUGGGCGACGUCAACAUCGCCGAACUGCCGCUCUUCUUCUUCCCGCUCGAAAAGGACGUCUUGUCCCUGGAGCUCGAUGAUUCCUUUCGAGAUCUCUACCUGUCCAAGGACGUCACGCCCAACUACCUGUUGGCCAGGGCCCUCAUGGAGGUCCAGCAGAAUCACGGUCUGUUUCCGCGCAUCAUCGGCAAGGGCGACAAUGCGAAACGAGUGGCCGACAUGCUCUGUCGCCUGCGCCAGGAACUGCUUGCAGGCGAGGACGCCACCGACUCGGGCAAGACGGGCCUCACGCCCAGCACGACCAACGAGAGCGUCAUCAUCAUCGAUCGAGAGGUCGACUUUGUCACCCCCCUCCUCACGCAGCUGACGUACGAGGGUCUCAUCGACGAAUUGUUUGGGAUCCAAAACAACCAGGCCAAGGUCGAUACGACUGUCGUCGGGGCACCGGCGCAGUCCUCGGCGGCGACGUCGCAGAGCAGGAAACGGACGAUACAGCUAGACUCGAGUGACAGCUUAUACGACCAGCUGCGAGACGCAAAUUUUGCCAUUGUCGGCGGCCUACUCAACAAGGUGGCGCGGCGGCUGCAGCAAGUGCAGAGCGACUACGAAAGCAAGAACAAGACCAAGACGUUGGCCGAGCUCAAGGAGUUUGUGGGACGACUGCCCGGCUACCAGCAAGAGCACCAGAGCGCGAGGAUUCAUACGGGUCUCGCCGAGGAAAUCAUCAAGCACACCCGCACCGACCAAUUCAAGGGCCUACUGGAGGUACAGCAAAACCUGGCGGCGGGCGCCGACCCCACGUCCCAGCUCGACGGGAUAGAGGAACUCAUCGCCCGCGAUACCCCACUGCGUGAAACACUCAGGUUGCUGUGCAUUUACUCUUGCAUAUCCGGGGGGGUGAAGCCCAAGGAGUAUGACCAGUUUCGGCGCUUGGUUCUUCACGGCUACGGCUAUCAACAUAUUCUGACCCUGAACAACCUGGAGAAGCUCCAGCUCUUCCUGUCGCGCUCCUCGCCGCUCGCCGGCAUGAUUCCGAUGACGGGCGGCGCUACGGGGACCGGUACAAAGACGAAUUACACGUAUCUGCGAAAGCAGCUCCGGCUGAUCGUGGACGAGGUCCAGGAGGACGACCCAAACGACGUAGCAUACGUGUAUAGCGGGUACGCGCCCCUUUCGAUCCGACUCGUGCAGUGUGUGCUCCAGAAGCAAUACCUCCUCUCCGUCACAAAAGGCAACGGUGUCUCCAGCGCAGGCGGCGCGUCGUCCGGGGCAGCGACGCAGGGCUGGCACGGCUUCGACGAGGCCGUCAAGCACGUGCGCGGACAGACAUUUUACGAGCUCCAGAAGGGCGAGGACAAGGCCGUCAAGGCACGGGCAUUGCUCUCGGGAAGCGGGCACAAGCAGACGGUCUUUGUUGUUUUCGUGGGUGGAAUCACCUUUACGGAGAUUGCAGCGCUUCGGUUCCUGGCCAAGCAAGAAGAGGGUCGACGGAACAUUGUCAUCUGCACCACAUCCAUCAUUAGCGGCAACAGAAUGAUGGAUGCGGCCAUUGAAAAGGACUCUUUUGCGCAGCCGCAGGCAGGAGCAGGCAUCUCGGGCUGA